AUGGUAGCGUCACGGCGAAUGUUAGAACGCGUUUCUUUGGUUAUCGGCGGCGCAGCCUUGGGUAUCUUUUCUACUCUAUAUUAUAGACAAACAUCCUUACCUGUGCGGCUUCCAGAAAAGGGAAUUUCACCAUCAGAAUCUACACCACCAGAAUCUAAACCCCUUCCUUUCGAUCCUCCUUUCAAACUUCCUGAACCAAUUGAUCAACAAUUUUCAAGAAAAGCCUACAUUGUGUCUUAUGAUCGGCGACUGCGUCAUCCGAAUUUGGCGUUAGAACAUAUAACCAAAGAGUCUCUCAAACGCAGUGAAGGUGUAGAUCGAAGUAAAUCCUAUUUUCGUGAAGAUUUAGACAUAAAACCCGAAAUAUUCCGCGCAAAUUUGAAGGAUUAUUUUAAAUCCGGCUAUGAUAGAGGUCAUAUGGUACCAGCGGCCGACAUUAAAACUUCUCAGGAAGCGUUGGACCAAACUUUUUUAUUGACAAACAUUGCCCCCCAAACCGGAACCGGCUUCAAUAGAGACUUCAUCGGUAAUCACGUUGCCGUUCCCACGCACUUUUAUAAAAUAAUCUUGGCGACUAAAGAUGAUGAAAAUAGUCCAGACGGGAAGCUUCAUGCAUUGGGUUCUUUCCUAUUACCUAAUGAAUAUAUAUCAAGCGACCAACCGCUAGAUAAGUAUUUUGUUCUUCUGGAAAAUAUCGAGAAAGUCACGGGUCUGGAAUUUUUUAGGGGAUUGGACAAGAACUCAACCAUUGAUCUUUGUAAAGUUGUAAAGUGUCAGCAGCUUGUAGCUAAUCCUAAAUAUGUUAAAGAGGAGUUGAGAAACUUGCAAAUAGAGCAAAAAGCAUGA